CACCACCCAGGCUUUUGAUCUCCUCUCUCUCUCUCUCCUCUCUCUUCUUAAACCUGCAAUUCAGCUCCGUCUGGAUCGUUAGGGUUUUCAAAUUUUCUCUCUCAUCGAUUUCUUCAAGGGGAAGGUUUCCGGCUACUCUGAUUGUCCCCUCUUUCCUCGGCGAUUCCAUUUCAGAUCGGCGGGUGGAAUUUUCCGAUCGGGAAAGCGAAAAUGUACGGCUUCGAAGCGAUGACCUUCAACAUCCACGGCGGCUACUUGGAGGCCAUCGUCCGGGGACACCGCGCCGGUCUUCUCACCGCCGCGGAUUACAACAACCUCUGCCAGUGCGAGACCCUCGACGACAUUAAGAUGCACCUCUCCGCCACCGAGUACGGGCCCUACCUCCAAAACGAACCAUCACCAUUGCAUACGACUACCAUCGUGGAAAAGUGCACACUUAAGUUGGUUGAUGAGUACAAGCACAUGCUAUGCCAAGCCACAGAGCCCUUAUCCACAUUUUUGGAGUAUAUCACAUAUGGUCAUAUGAUAGACAAUGUUGUCCUGAUCGUUACUGGAACUUUGCAUGAGAGAGAUGUUCAGGAACUUUUGGAAAAAUGCCACCCUUUGGGCAUGUUUGACAGCAUUGCUACCCUGGCAGUUGCACAGAAUAUGCGGGAGCUUUACAGAUUGGUGCUUGUUGACACACCUCUUGCUCCUUACUUUUCUGAGUGCAUUACAUCAGAGGAUCUGGAUGACAUGAAUAUUGAAAUCAUGAGGAAUACUCUUUACAAGGCCUACCUUGAAGACUUUUACAGGUUCUGUCAGAAACUAGGUGGUGCCACAGCAGAGAUCAUGUCUGACUUACUUGCUUUUGAGGCUGACAGAAGAGCUGUCAAUAUUUCCAUAAACAGCAUUGGAACAGAGCUUACUCGAGAUGAUCGCAAGAAAUUGUAUUCUAGCUUUGGUUUACUCUAUCCCUAUGGCCAUGAGGAACUUGCUAUCUGUGAGGACAUUGAUCAGGUUCGUGGUGUCCUGGAAAAAUAUCCUCCUUAUCAGUCUAUAUUUUCAAAGCUAUCCUACGGAGAGAGCCAGAUGCUUGACAAGGCAUUUUAUGAAGAGGAGGUGAAAAGGCUUUGUUUAUCAUUUGAGCAACAGUUCCAUUAUGGUGUUUUCUUCGCGUACAUGAGGUUGAGGGAGCAGGAGAUCAGAAAUCUGAUGUGGAUAUCAGAGUGUGUGGCUCAGAACCAGAAGUCCAGGGUUCAUGACAGCGUGGUCUUCAUAUUUUAGUCGCACCUAAACUUAACCCAGAACAGUUCAUUAGUGAUUAAUAUUUUUUCGUUCAGCAUAAUCUUCUGUAAAUCUCUUCCCUAUCUACCCCCACCCCCUCAUAUCCUCAUAAUGAACUGUAGAGAUGGGUGCAGUUCCAUUGUUUGCAUAUCUUCUUCCAAAUAAGUCACUUUUGAAUGUAUUCCAAUUAUUUUUCUAGUGGAAACAUUGCCGGUAUUGAAUACUUUGAGUUGAACUGAAGUUAUAUAUACAGUAUUGUAUGUUGAAAUCUACGUAACCUUGGACAAAUUGUUAUA